AUGACAAAGUUCAAGGUUACAGUUACUUCCGACACCGUCUGCCCUUGGUGCUAUGUCGGUCGCAGACAGCUCCAGGCUGCCCAGCGUCUGUGGGAGCAGAAGUACCCCGACUCAAACGACACUUUCGACAUCAGCUACAAGCCCUUCCAGCUAGCGCCUGAUUGGGCCCGAGGUCCUGCGUCGAGCAUCUCCAAAGAAAAGUUUUACCUUGAGAAAUUUGGAAGAGACCGCGUCGUCAAGAUGCACCAACAUUUGAAGGGUGUCGGAGAGUCCCUGGGAAUCGACUUCAAGUUCGGAGGACAGACAGGAAACUCGAGAGAUUCGCACCGACUAGUACAGCUUGCCAAGAAGCAUGGCCAGGAUGCCGAGAGCAAGGCGCUCGAUGGUCUUUUCGCUGCGUACUUUGAGAAGAACGACGACAUUACCAGCUACGACACUUUGAGAAACGUGGCUGUCGAAGCAGGAAUCCCCGAGGAUGAGUUCCAGAAGGCUAUUGUGGAUAGCGACCAGGGUGGCCCAGAGGUUGACAAGCUCGCGGGCGAGGCACGAUACAGUGGUGUCAGUGGUGUACCCGACUUUGUUCUUCAGGACCGGUUCCGACUCAGUGGCGCCAACGAUCCGUCGACAUUUGUGAGCGUUUGGGAGAAGAUCAAGGCGGCUGAGCUGUGA